AAAUUUUAAAAUUUGAUUUGAAAAAUCAACUCUAACCGAAAAGUAUUACAUUUUUUUUUUAAAUAUUGAAACGCGGUUUUUAUUGAAAACAUUAUAAAUCAUGCCUGAUUUCGAGAAAAAAUCUGAAGAAAGAGAAUAUACAAGAAAUGUGGGACAAUUUGCCAAGAAGUUAACGCAACCGAAUGUUGGAUUGUAUAAUCAUUUACGUGGUAUUUCAGUGGUUAAUGGUAAUCUGGUGAAUUUACCAACAAAUCUACGUGAAUUUAUUGAAGAGAAUGUCUCAUUAUGUCAACCGGAAAGUAUACAUAUUUGUGAUGGAAGUGAACAGGAAAAUGCACAAUUGUUGAGAUUAAUGCAAAAGAAUGGUACAAUUGAACCAUUACCUAAAUAUGAAAAUUGUUGGUUAGCACGUACAAAUCCCGCUGAUGUUGCUCGUGUUGAAGGAAAAACAUUCAUUUGUACACAAACUCGUAAUAAAACAAUUCCAACAACUAAAGAUGGAAUUAAAGGUACAUUGGGUAAUUGGAUUUCACCAAAUGACAUGCAAGAAGCGAUUAAUUCACGAUUUCCUCGUUGCAUGAAAGGUCGAACUAUGUACGUAAUACCUUUCUCAAUGGGACCAGUUGGUUCACCAUUAUCAAAAAUUGGAGUCCAACUAACAGAUUCAGCAUAUGUGGUUGCAUCAAUGGGUAUUAUGACCCGUAUGGGUAAUGCGGUACUAGAAACAUUAAAUAACAAUAAUGAAGAAUUUGUAAAAUGUUUACAUUCCGUUGGAACACCGCUUAAUGGAAUAAAAUCUCAUCCACAUUGGCCAUGUGAUCCAGAACGUACCAUUAUUUUACAUAGACCAAAAACAAAUGAAAUUGUAUCGUAUGGAAGUGGUUAUGGCGGUAAUUCUUUGUUGGGAAAAAAAUGUUUUGCAUUAAGAAUUGGUUCUACAAUUGCCAAACGUGAAGGUUGGCUUGCUGAACAUAUGUUGAUACUUGGAAUAACUAACCCACAAGGACAAAAGAAAUAUAUUGUAGCUGCUUUCCCUAGUGCAUGCGGUAAAACAAAUCUUGCGAUGAUGAAUGCAACAUUACCCGGUUACAAAAUUGAAUGUGUUGGUGAUGACAUCGCCUGGAUGAAGUUUGACAAGAACGGACAGCUAAGAGCAAUUAAUCCAGAAAAUGGUUUCUUUGGUGUCGCUCCAGGCACUUCAUAUAAAACGAAUCCAAAUGCUAUGGAAACUAUUUUUAAGAAUACAAUAUUCACAAAUGUGGCUAAAACUCCCGAUGGCGGAAUAUAUUGGGAGGGUUUAGAGGAUGAAGUACCAAAUGGCACUGUAUUAAAAGACUGGCAUAAUAAUGAUUGGGUUAAAGGUGAAACAAAAACUCCCGCUGCACAUCCAAAUUCAAGAUUUUGUGCUCCAGCUAAACAAUGUCCAAUUAUUGAUCCACAAUGGGAAUCUCCUGAAGGUGUACCAAUUAGUGCAAUCUUAUUUGGUGGGCGAAGACCAAAAGGUGUUCCUUUAGUUUAUGAAGCAUUGGAUUGGGAUCAUGGUGUAUUUGUUGGAGCUUCAAUGCGUAGUGAAGCAACAGCUGCUGCCGAGCAUCAAAGUAAAGUUAUAAUGCAUGAUCCAUUUGCCAUGCGACCAUUCUUUGGAUAUAAUUUCGGCCAUUAUUUAUCGCAUUGGUUAAGCAUGAAAGAAAAAUCAAAUAAUUUACCAAAAAUAUUCCAUGUCAAUUGGUUUAGAAAAGAUAAUGCUGGUAAAUUUUUAUGGCCUGGUUUUGGUGAAAACUCUCGUGUCUUGGAUUGGAUUUUACGACGUGUAAAUAACGAUGAUUCAUGCGCAGUAAAAACACCAAUUGGCUACGUUCCUAAUAAGACAAACGGUCUUAAUUUAGAUGGUUUAAAAGAGAAUAUUAAUUUGGAUGAAUUAUUAGACGUUCCACGCGAUUUUUGGUUACAAGAAAUUGAAGAAAUUGAAAAAUAUUUUGAAGAACAAAUUGGUACCGAUUUACCAAAUGAAAUUCGUGCGCAUGUGAAUAAUUUAAAAAGUCGUUUAAUUAAUAACUAAAAUGUGUAUUGUGAUUUUUUUUUCAAGUAUUGUGAUGAUCAAUUUUAAAUCUCUCCCUUAAAACCAUUUUAAAUAUUUACUAU